AUGAUUCGCUGGGCUGUGGAUCUUGCCGGCAUAGACGCGGAGGCGGAUCUCCAACGCGAUGACCGUAUGAAGUCACACUUCAGCCCACACUCCGGAAGGAAGGAGACGUGGAAGUCCACGGAUAAUAUCGCAGUGGAAAGGGGCUCUCCAGAGCCAUUGGGUACGGUCGCAACGUUGACGACAGGAGAACUCAUGGAUCAGCACCAGGCCCGAUUGCAGGAGGCGCUGGCAGAAAAUAGGUUUGGCCAGGCUGGCGGCAGCUCCCCUCUUCUUAGGAUUGAUUCUGAGUACCCCAAGGGACCUGAAUUGCGUGUUUUCAGCACCUUCACAAAUGCGCAGGGAAAACGUACAGUGUGCACAAUUCAGCCACGACAGGCUCCAUUUCGCGGGGUUGAUGUAGUUAGCGCGUUUAUUCAGCAAGCUGUUGUACCAGAUGUGCGUUGUUCUGCUCGUUUUUCAACGAAUCCGCGCCUUUAUAAGUUGUAUAUUGCUGACGAGUUCACAGGGGAUGAAGAGAUGGUGGUUCAGUUGGACGGCGCCGCACAGAAUUUCACAUGCUUUGCUGUUCAACCUCUGCCGGCCGCCAAGCUCUUCUUGUUUCCACAGCGGACAGAGCUGCUGCCAACUGUUGCUGAGGACAUUAAUCUAGCUGUAGAGGUACGUCCUUUAGAUUCCCAGGCCAAAGUAACCAGGCGGCAAGUGCUCGUGCCGGCCGACUUGCUCGCAGAGAGUUUGGAGCAGACGAUUGUAAACCGUCUUCCUGGUAUCGGCCUGGUGCCAGGAUCGCUGCGCAUUAAGUACGGACCGGUGGAACUAAAUAUCAAUGAAUACUACGAUUUUGGGCCAGGGUGUGGCCACAUGGAUGUGCCGAUAGCGGAGCGGACCAUCUUGUCGCUCUAUCGCUUUGGUGUGACGGAGGUACUUGUGCAGGGACGUGUGCCGGACGAAAACAACGAUGGUUCCGCCCCAGUAGAAGAUGUUGUCGUUAACAUUGACGCAGAGGAGGCGCAGGUCUUCCAGCAGUUUGAGGUGAUUCGCAUCAACCGCUACGGGGCCCGGCAGCAGCGCCUUUUGUGCGUCGACGGGGAACGGCUGUACAUGAUGCGGCCUAACGCGGAUGGCACUGCGGCGUCGCAGGGUAAUGAGGAGAAGUUGGUGCGCGACAUUGAGGAGGUGCGGGACUCGCCCACGAAGGCAAGGUACCUGGAAAUUCGCUACAGUCGUGCCUCCAAGCACGAGGACGACCACAUUGAGUGCACCACCGCAUACAACCGCGCCCUGCUGGCGGAAAAGCUCUGCGUUCUUCAACGGGAGCUGCGAAAGAAGAGUGAGGAGGAGCGACAACAGAAGGCCAACGAAACAGUGCUGUCACGCCUCUUCAAUCGGCUGAAGUUUAGAUUCAACAAGUCCUAG